UCUCGAAUAGCACCAGCAUGGCGGGCAGAGGUGCGGGGCCUGCUCAGCGAGAGUCGGUCACAGCCGGGGCCGCAGCGGCGCCGCGGAACGCGGCAGGACACGGCCACGUGCGGAAAGACGGCCCCAGCUCCCAGCGGCAAGACGCAGCGCGCACUGCGAGCCGGAAGUCAGAAGACCGGAAACUGUCGGACCUCGUCGGAACGCGGGGGCGGAACUCAGCGGAUGACGGGGCGGGGCUCCAAAGCCAAGAAAGAGAUCAACCACAAACUGGCCAAAACCUGUUUUUUAUAAAGGAAGCAAAACCUUCAGCUGAGGACUUGGGAGAUAAGAAGGAGGGAGAAUACAUUAAACUCAAAGUCAUUGGGCAGGACAGCAGUGAAAUUCACUUCAAGGUGAAAAUGACGACACAUCUCAAGAAACUCAAAGAAUCAUACUGUCAAAGACAGGGAGUUCCAAUGAAUUCGCUCAGGUUCCUCUUCGAGGGUCAGAGAAUUACUGAUAAUCAUACCCCCAAAGAGCUGGGGAUGGAGGAGGAAGAUGUGAUUGAAGUUUAUCAGGAACAGACAGGGGGUCACUCAACAGUUUAGAUCCUACAGUUUGUUUUUUCUUUCCCCUUAAUCCUUUUUUAUUUUUAAAUAAUAGUUCUUUUGUAAUGUGGCGUUCAACACUGAACUGAAACUGGCACCCCAUCUCUGGGAACUUUAUUUUCAAACAUCUGGUAUCUUGAAUUCUCGUGCUCAUAAACUAUAAUUUCUGUUUUCAUUGUGCUGAACUCUUGUGAUCCAGCUGCAGCCCUUCUCCUUUUCCCCCUCCCCUUUAAAAUUACAUGUACACACAUGCAUUUGUAUGUUCACUAGGAUCGUGCAUUUCAGGCACGAAGGUUGUAAGAUCUGCCAGGUGGGCAAGUGUUCCUAAUGACUUCCAAAUCAGCCCUGAAGUUUUGAUGUGUGACUGUUUCACUCCUGGACUAUAACUUUCAGUGGGAGAUGAAGUUUUUCAGAGAACUAAAGAAUGGAGAAAUUGUGUGUCCAUAAUUGAGAGCUGUUUUCCUUAAAUUGUGCUGGGGGCCCAGGAAAGAAGAUUGUGUCCAGUUGGAAAUGAAAAAGAUAGAACUGGUAUCAUCUGUACUUUCCUCCAGAGAUGGCUACGCAGAAGACAUAAAAUUGAAAACCAUUUUGAUUCUUAAAUUUUGGCAGAGGAGCCCAGAAAAGUUAUUUCAUAUAGCAAUUAAUACACAGAUAUUCAUGCAAGAAUGUACACAGCAGACACUUGUAGUAUUCUGACAUUCUCGUUUGUACCUUUUUUGGCCUGGGACAUGGGUUUUGAAUGGACAUUGUCUGUACCAGCUUCAUUAAAAUAAACAAGAAAAACAAUUUUAUAAACAU